AUGACUUGGACUCUCGUUAAUCGCCGCUACAGUAGCACGUGGAUUGUUUGGUUAGUGCUUCUAUUCACAAUGUUUCUAACCUUGUAUAUCCGUCAAGAGUUUUUGCAGUUAGAACCUGCUGUCAUGAGUCUUGUUGAUCCAGUCUUAUCGGUUAAUGAUUCAGCAGACCAGAUUGUUGAAGUGCUCGAUUACUUCAGGCAUGGUAAAGUAAUGUGUAUGAGAGUAACAACUGGAGCAUAUAUUCUUACCUUAUCUGCCAUAAAACAUACACAAAGGGUUGUGGGUUUAAUACUCAUUUCUUCCUUGUGCAAAGCAUCCUCUUGGACAGAAUGGAUGUGUAAUAAGGUGAUGACAAAUCUGCUUUACUUUUGUGGCAUGUGUAAUUUGGUGAAGGAGCUACUGAUGUUGCACUACUUUAGCAAGGAAGUUCGGGGCCGUGUUGAAGUUCUAGAAUCAGAUGUAGUUCAAGCAUGCCGCAGAGUUAGUGUUUAUUUUUAG